GCGGCUGCUUUGGUCUGGGUUCCCCACAAUCCCCCGCACCGCUGAAUACUGUCCAGUCAUUGUGCGGAUAAAGUGAAUCUGCUCUGCUCAUAAACACCGGGUUAAACGAACCGUUCACCCCCAGAAACAUGAAAGAGACAGCGGCCAAGCGGCGCGACAAGGCCGGAGGCCGAGACCGGGACUCCAAGUCCGACAAGUCCAAGGAGGCGAAGGACGCGGCCCCGGAGCCCCAGGACGUGGAGAUGCCGGAGGAGGAGGCGGCUAACGCGGCUAAGCAGCCCAAAGAGCUAGACAGCCUGACACUGGAGGACAUCAAGGAGCAUGUGAAGCAAAUAGAGAAGGCGGUGUCAGGGAAGGAGCCUCGCUUCGUUCUUCGUGCCCUCCGAGCGUUGCCCUCCACCAGCCGCCGCCUCAACGCCAACGUCCUCCACAAAGCCGUCUGCGGGUUCUUCACCAGCAACGCCGUCGCCAGAGAGUUCCUGCUGGGCUUCCUGGAGGAGCCGAUGGAGAUGGCGGACGGAGAUGUCCAGUUUCGUCCCAGGACAGGGAAGGCGGCGUCGGCUCCUCUGCUGCCAGAGGUGGAGUCCUACCUGCAGCUGCUGCUGGUGGUCCACCUGACCAACAACAAGAGAUACACCGAGGCCCAGAAGGUCUCUGAUGACCUGCUGCAGAAGAUCGGCUCCAAGAAGAGCCGGGCUCUGGACCUGAUCGCUGCUAAAUGUUAUUAUUACCACGCCAGAGUUUACGAGUUCCUCAACCAGCUGGACACCAUCCGCAGCUUUCUACACACCCGACUGCGUACGGCGACGCUGCGGCACGACGCCGACGGGCAGGCCGUGCUGCUCAACCUGCUGCUGAGGAACUACCUCCACUUCAACCUGUACGACCAGGCCGAGAAGCUGGUGUCCAAGUCCAUCUUCCCCGAGCUCGCCAACAACAACGAAUGGGCCAGGUACCUCUACUACACAGGUCGUAUCAAGGCCAUCCAGCUGGAGUACACGGAGGCCCGCAGGACCCUGACCAACGCUCUGAGGAAGGCGCCGCAGCACACCGCCGUGGGCUUCAAACAGACCGUCCACAAGCUGCUGAUCGUGGUGGAGUUGUUGCUGGGAGAGAUUCCUGACAGGCUGCAGUUCAGACAGCCGUCACUCAAAAGAUCCCUGAUGCCGUACUUCCUGCUCACCCAGGCUGUGAGGACAGGUAACCUGGCCAAGUUCAACCAGGUGUUGGAACAGUUUGGAGAGAAGUUCCAGACAGACGGGACGUACACGCUCAUCAUCCGCCUGCGACACAACGUCAUCAAGACCGGUGUGCGUAUGAUCAGCCUGUCGUACUCUCGGAUCUCUCUGGCCGACAUCGCUCAGAAGCUGCAGCUCGACAGCCCGGAGGAUGCAGAGUUCAUCGUUGCCAAGGCCAUUCGUGACGGCGUGAUCGAGGCCAGCAUCAACCAUGAGAAGGGCUUUGUCCAAUCAAAGGAGACAAUGGACAUCUAUGGAACCAGAGAGCCUCAGCUGGCGUUCCACCAGAGGAUCUCCUUCUGCCUGGACAUCCACAACAUGUCUGUCAAGGCCAUGAGGUUUCCUCCUAAAGCUUACAACAAGGACCUGGAGUCAGCAGAGGAGCGUCGAGAACGUGAGCAGCAGGAUCUGGAGUUUGCCAAAGAAAUGGCCGAAGACGAUGAUGACAGCUUCCCAUAAGCCCCUCCUCCACACUGACUUCCUGUGUAGACAGGAAGUAGCUAUAUGUUAGCUUAUGCGCUAUUACCCACAAUCCCCCUCUAUCUUUUUUUCUUGUUUCCUGCUAUGAUGUUGCAGCUCUGAACUCUGAGGCUGUUGGUUGUUUCUAAGACAAAUAAAAACUGUUUUUGUUUACACU